AUGAAAAUAAGGUUUUUAACUCAUUUUACUACGAAAAUGGCUUCGUCGGCUAAAAAACCAAAAUUGUCACUACCAAUAAAAAACGAAUCAAGUACAAUCAAUGUAGAUGACUUCAUGAAACAAAUACAUAAAAAACGAGAAGAAACUGCCAAGUCCAUUUUAGAUUUUAACUUUAAUAAGUCUAGAAUAAGAAUAAUAUCACAAGAGCAGAUGGUAUCUGAUGAUUGCGAAGGAAUUGUAUAUUGGAUGUCAAGAGACAGCAGAGUUCAAGACAAUUGGGCUUUUCUAUUCGCACAGAAACUGGCGUUAAAAAAUAAAGUACCGCUCCAUGUAUGUUUCUGUUUAAUAGCAAAAUAUUUGGAUGCAUCCGUUAGGCAAUUUCACUUUCUUAUCAAAGGUCUUGAAAAAGUUGCUGCUGAUUGUGAGAAACUAAACAUUUCAUUUCACUUACUGGAAGGCAGUGGGGCUGAAGUUUUACCUCAAUGGGUUAUCGACCACAAGAUAGGGGCUGUGGUCUGUGAUUUCAAUCCUCUAAGAGUGCCAUUAGGAUGGGUCGAGGGGGCAAAGAAGAAAUUAAAAAAGGAUGUUCCAUUAAUUCAAGUUGAUGCCCAUAAUGUAGUGCCGUGUUGGGUAGCAUCCAACAAACAGGAGUACUCAGCUAGAACCAUUAGAAAUAAGAUCAACUCAAAACUUGAUGAAUAUCUGACGGAGUUUCCUCCAGUUAUUAAACAUCCACAUUCAAGCAGUUUUAAACCGGAGCCAAUAGAUUGGGAUAAGGCUAUCGAGACAAGAGAGGCGGACAAAUCUGUUGGUCCGAUAGAAUGGGCAGGUCCGGGCUAUGAUAAUGCUGUUAAAACAUUGAAGAGUUUUCUUGAUAAACGUCUCAAAGUCUUUGCAACUAAAAGGAAUGAUCCCACUCAGGAUGCUCUUAGCAAUUUAUCACCCUGGUUUCAUUUUGGCCAAAUAUCAGCACAACGAGUAGCCUUAUGUGUGAAGGAGUAUAAAGGAAAGUAUACAGAGAGUGUGAAUUCUUAUUUAGAAGAGGCGAUAGUGCGAAGAGAAUUGGCUGACAAUUUUUGUUUUUACUGUGAACAUUAUGAUAGCAUUAAAGGUGCGAGCCAAUGGGCACAGAAGACUUUAGAUGAUCACAGAAAUGACAAAAGAACACACAUAUAUACCCUUGAACAGUUCUGCAAGGCUGAAACCCACGAUGAUCUGUGGAACUCUGCUCAGAUACAACUGGUUAAAGAGGGGAAGAUGCAUGGGUUUCUAAGAAUGUACUGGUGUAAGAAGAUCUUAGAGUGGACCUCAAGUCCUGAGGAUGCAUUGAAAUAUGCAAUUUAUUUGAAUGAUCAUUAUAGUGUUGAUGGCAGGGACCCUAGUGGAUAUGUUGGUUGUAUGUGGUCUAUCUGCGGCGUUCACGACCAGGGCUGGGCGGAGCGAACGGUGUUUGGAAAAAUCCGUUUCAUGAACUAUGAAGGAUGCAAACGAAAGUUCAACGUACCAGCCUUUGUAUGCAGAUAUGGCGGGAAAGUUCAUAAAUAUAAUAACUUGAUGGAAAAACAAAAGAAAAAGUAG